GUUAGCUUAGAGGUAGAAGUAGCACCCGCUACCCCUCAAUUUUGUUAGUGAAUUGUAAAACUUAUGUAAAUUUUUAUAUUAUCCUAGGUUCAAGAAUUCUUUUACGUUACCUUUAAACUUUUCUUUUAGAUCUGUCACUGCUCAAUCCGCUCUCUAGAAAAUAAAUCCUGAGUCCCUUGGUGCCUUCAUUCCUUCCCCACAAAUUGGAAAAUAUCAAUUCACAUAAAUGCACGAAAUAUAUAGUCCCCUUGAUGUUAAGUGAUCAAACUAGAGAAGAUCGAUAGAAAACAAAAAAGAGACCCCCACCCUCACCACCACCACCACCACCGAGCCAAUGACGACAGAAGUUAGCUUGUUUGCAAGAAGGACACUUCUAAUCAUCAACUGUCUCUUGUUAUCUAUCGGAACCUGUGGUGCACCUUUGAUCAUGCGCCUCUACUUCAUCCACGGUGGCAACCGCGUCUGGUUGUCGUCGGUCCUCCAAACUGCGGGCUUUCCAUUCAUCAUUGUUGUUCUUAUAGUUCUCUACUUCUGCCGCUCUGCAGCAGCAAAAAACCAAAACAACAAAACCACAAAGUUGUUCUACAUGCGUCCAAGAUUAUUCUUGGCCGCGGUUUUCAUCGGCCUCAUCACCGGUCUCGACAACUAUCUGUAUGCUUAUGGCGUUGCCCGCCUACCCGUCUCCACCUCCUCGUUGAUCAUAGCUUCCCAGCUCGCUUUUACAGCGUUCUUCGCUUAUCUACUGGUGAAACUAAAGUUCACACCGUAUUCCGUCAACGCGGUUGUGCUGUUGACGGUUGGGGCGGGGGGGCUGGCGUUGCACACGAGCAGUGACCGGCCGGAGGGGGAGAGUAAGAAGGAGUAUACGAUGGGGUUUGUGAUGACGUUGAUGGCGGCGUUGGUGUAUGGGUUUUUGUUGCCGUUGAUAGAACUAACGUACAACAAGGCAAAACAGGAGGUUACAUAUACGUUGGUGUUGGAGAUUCAGAUGGUUAUGAGUUUGUUCGCUACUAUGUUUUGUGUGGUUGGAAUGAUUGUAAACAAUGACUUCAAGGCGAUUUCAAGGGAGGCAUCGGACUUCGAAUUCGGAGAAACCAAAUAUUACAUAAUAUUGUGUGCUACUGCCUUAAUUUCACAAUCCUUCUUCUUAGGAGCCAUUGGGGUAAUCUUUUGUUCAUCAGCGUUGCUGUCAGGGAUCAUAAUUUCUGUUCUUGUUCCAGUAACAGAAGUAUUAGCUGUUGUAUUUUUUAAAGAAAAGUUUCAAGCCGAAAAAGAAGUCUCACUUAUUUUGUCUCUGUGGGGAUUUGCUUCUUAUUUCUACGGAGAAUACAAGGUUACAAAAAAACUAAAAGAUGCAACACAUUCUCCUCACCAAUCAGUGGAGCUUGUUUAA